CUUGCUGGCUCACUUCUAAAGAACAUGGCCGCCGAAAAUGUUUGAUUUCCAGCAAGUUUCUGUCGAAAAAAAACUUCAUGUAAACGAAGUAUAUAUUCCUAUUUUACGAAAGUAGUUCACUCGUAAUAAAAAUUGAACAUUCUCAAAAUGGAUGAAGUAAAAACAAUCCCAAGCUCUGUUGUGUCUGUGAUCAGCGUGAAUAAAGACAGACAAGGUGAUACCAUAAUUAAACGAGAUGAUACUAGACGAGAUGAGACCAAGCGAGAUGAUAGACACAGGGACGGUCGAGACAAAGAGGCAGACAAACAUAGAGAUCGUGACAGUGAACUCAGUAAAAGCAAGAGAAGUCGUGAAAAGAGUAGUCACAAGGAUAAGAGACGAGAUAGAGAACACAAGAGUCGACGUAAAGACAGACAUAAAGACAGAGAUAGGGAUAAAGAUAGGGAGAGGGACAAAGAUAGGGAAAGGAGAAGAGAUCAUGAUAAAUCCUCAAGGAAACGUUCAAGGUAUGUAACAAGUAUGUGAGCUUGCUCCUGUAUGGAAUGAGACUUUUUUGUUUACCAGACAUAUGGUCAAUUUCACAUGAGACAUUGAAAAUGGCAAAAUUGCAAAAUGCAACAUUAUGUGGUGCUAACCACAUGUUUCCAUAGUUAACACAUUGGAUUAUCAUAAAUCAAAACGAUUUUUGAAUUUUGGCCCAUGCCCACUCUGCGGCAAACCGUCAAAUCUGCACUUGUUUGUUGCUAUUGUUCUGUGGAUAAAGUGUGUUUAUUUAAAAUAAUUAUAACUCAGUCACUUUAACUUUGAAAUAAGUUAUAUUUCUUAACAAACACAGUCUAUAGUUCACAUAUCAUGAUGACAAUGUUAGAUCAGACAAUAUCCAGUGUUGCUGUGAUUUAUGGUACAUUGAAGUUCGGGUAAGAGAAAUGUAAUGUCCGCAACAAAAAAACAAUUCAAUUUAUUUUUCAGCCAAACGUCUAGCUCUUUUGACAUUAUAUUUGUGCUGCUUUUUUAAAAUGGUAUUAACAUUAUUUUAGACUGGAAAAAGACAAUAAAAAGUAUUAACAUGUCUUGAAUAAUGUGUUGCGGACAUUACGUUGCAGACAUUAUCAUUUUUGAAAUUGGAGAAUUAGAUGCUUAUAUAAUUGUCUUGCUUGAAUUCUAUAGUUAUUUUAAGCUUGAUGACUUAAAAAUAGAACAUUAAAAGGACUAUGGGACCCUUACUUUUAACUAUAAUCACUCCGUGCUGUAUACACAAUCACAGUGACACAAUUCAUCAUGGAAAGUUUCCAAGUUACAUAUAAUGCCACUACCGUAUUAAUUAUACUGCCAUUGUACCAUCAGUUUUGUAAGGCAUAUGUUGUUAAGAGCAAAAUCAUGUUUUAAUUCAUGUUUGUUUUGAUCAUCUUCCACUAAACCCAGGGGUGUUAAUUAUCCCCACCAAAUGUAGUAAAUGCAAAACUGUCAAAUAGAAUGGUCUACAAACAUGACACUUUAUUUGCUGCACAACCCAAGUCAUUGCCUGAGUCUAUGCGCAACAAAUAUUGCACUUUUGAAAGAUAUUAUUGUCAACAGAAGAUUAUAUACUGUAAUAUAUGUGACCAUGAUUUCAUCCCAGGAUUUAUGGUGGUAUACACAUGGGCAUACAGGAAGGAAAAAAUUAGGGGGGAGGAAAGAAAUUUGCCUGACUUUUUCGGAUUGUGCCCGCGUUGUUAAAAAAAUUUCCGGAGAAACUUUCCAAAAUUGUUGUCGACGGGGGGGGAGGGGGGGACUAGUGAUUACGAAGAAUUCCUAUUGGAUAGAUAGCAUAUUUCCCACAAAAUUGACAGAAUUCCCCACAAAAUUGACAGAAUUUGUCCCAUUUAUUUUUAUAAUAAGCCAAUAUUGCCCAAGUGUGAAGCGAAUAUUGCCCGACUGGCUUUGUUUGCCUAACAAACUGGACUGCCGCCCCCUCCGCCCCCCGCCCGGUACGCCCAUGGGUAUACAAAUGUAAGUAGAAUUAAGCUAGAAUGCCUGUUAUGUGGACUAGAAACAUUGAAGUGCAUAAUCAGUCACCCAGUUUUGAUUUCCUAUCAUUUUUAAUACAGAUUCCUAUACAAUCCCAAAAAUGUAAUGUCCGCAACAGUUUCAGUGUAAUGUCCGCAACACAAACUUUGUACUAUAAAAGCUGCGCAAGGACAUUGUAGAACAUCUCGCUUUCAUAUUUUUUAACCCCAAUUAUCACUGAGAGCAGGAAGUGUUUUAGUUCCUUUGAUACCUUUCAAAGUUCACAGGAAAUUACAUUUUAAAAACAUCACUUCAAUGUGUGGUUGAUUUUGCUGUAAUGUCCGCAACAGUACUUUGACUUUUUAUUACAAGAAUUGAUUACGAGGGAAUUUUGUUUUAUUUUAUGAAAUCCUAAGAGGUCCCCUUAAGGUUUUCUAUGACAAAGUUCCCAGAUCUGAAACUGUUGCAAACAGGAAACAGAGCAUGUUUUGUAUUAAUUGUUUUCCUGUGAAUGUAAUGUCCGCAACGUGAAAUUGCCCAUAUGUAGGUUGUACACUGGACAUUUCCAGCGCACUGUGCUUACAUUCCUUAAAUAUAGAGCUUGCUGCAGUGCUUGGCAAUUAGGCUAAGUAAGAGAAAAAUUUUAAGAUCUUCAAAUAUUGCUCUUUUAAUUAAAGUUUAGGCGCUUUUUUUUUAAACCUUCAAAUAUUGCUGUUUUAAAGUUUACCAAAUAACCUAUAAACACACAGCAAAUAUUGAAGUUUACUCAUAAAAUGUAAAUAUAUUAAAAUAUUAGAACAGCAAGCGAGAGUUGACAAAAAGUUCCAAACGGCAACUGAACUAUGCUGAAAGGAGCAAAAUGGCCGAAAUAUACUACUAAGGGCCUGUUCAUAUCAUCCCGCUUACCGGGACGUCUCGCUUACCGAGACGAAUAUUUCCGUGCGUUCAUAUGGAAUAUUUCGUCCCGCUUGCCGAGAUGAAAUUACAUUGUAGUUCUAUAAUUAGCGUAUGCAAAACUUCUACAUUUCAGUCAAGUAACACAAAUACUUGGCGAUUUUAGUGUUUUUCUUCGUUUAUUUACAAGAAAAAGUAUUGCUUCAGGUGGUUAUUUGAUACUUGUUUACAAAACAAACAUAAAACCAAGUAAAAAGUGUUAAAUUAAACCGGCAAGACUUGUUUCACUUCAUCCCGGUAAGUGGGCUGGCGUGUUCAUAUGGAAAAAUUUUCAUCCCGCCUACCUAUGAUCUCGGCAAAUUCAAGCGAGAUCUCGGCAAGCGGGCCAGCUUGCUUUCUCAUAUGAACACAAUGCAAAAUUUUAUAGGAAAAUAGAUAGGCGGCGAGAUCAUCGGUAAGCAAAACGUCCCGGUAAGCGGGAUCAUAUGAACAGGCCCUAAGUGGAAAUUCAUUGAAAGGCUCAAAUAUAAAACAUAAAAAAAAUCAAUGUGGCAGGGCCUUAAGUGGUUAUAUGUCUGUCAAGCCAGUUUUGAAAAAAACUAAAUGUUAUACAAAUUAAAGUUAGAUGUUUAUAUUUUUAUGCAAUCAUUGGAAGCUUAUUCUUGUGUUCUUAUGCAUCUCACAAUUUGACCUAGUUCUAAAUGGGUGGUUUAAUGUAGUAAAUGACUCACUGGAAACUCAAAUACACUCGUGUGUAACAAUAUAUAAAGGAAGUUAAUAGGAACUAUAUAAGAUUUGCUUCUGGUGUAUAUCAAUGUAUGCAUCCUGGCAUAGACAAUUUUUCUGGUGGGUGCAGGGGAUCAUACGCCAGAAAUAUUUUGCACCCCCACUGAAAGUUUUUCCACCCCACCUAGAGAAAUCUGCACAUACCCAGAAGUUUAAAAUAAUGCUUGUUUGAUUAAAUGAUUAUUUUAUAGUACUGCAUGAUUGAAACAAAGAUUUUGAACUAAGUAAGACUUAAAGGAUUUUGAACUUAACUAAGACCACAAAUCUCAAAAUUUCCUGUGGGCAAACCUUAACCAAAGCCUGUCCCCACUAGCAACUGUGCCCCCAGACCUGCCUCGUACCAAGGCGCUUUAAAUAAUUAUAAUACAUGAAGUAUUCAGGUAGGCAGGCGAAGCGCGAAGGGGCUGUUGGGAAGGAUGCGUGCUGGGGAGCGCCUGGCAGUUUUUGUAUACUGUCAUGGCGGGAAAACAUGGAAUUUAAUACAAAAAGUUACCAUAUCGUCAUAUACUCUGUGUGUAAAACCUUACUUUUCGAUGAAGAGUGUAAUUGAACGCCAUUGACAAAUAAUAAUAAAUUUGUUGAUGUUUGAUGACAUACAAAAUGCGCGAAAAAUUAUGAGUAAAUUACAUAUGGCAAGUUAACCAUGCGAAUAUUUCGAAUAUAUAAUGUCAUUCGGUAUUAUAUGGAGAAUAAUAGAAUUUAUGCUAUCAAUUGCUUAGUAUAAAAUAGUAACAGAGAAAUGAUUGGAAAGUCAUAUAAUUGCUUUUGUAUUAAUGACUUCUUUAGCUGAAGGCUCGAUCACAAUGUCAAUUUCUAAUUUUCUAUUCUAAUCUAUUAUUAAAAUGUAUACUGUAAACAAAAGCCCAAGUAAAUAAAAGUUCACAACCGUAAAGUUUGAAAUAUUUAUUACAACAGUGCAAUUUAAUUCAUAGUUUAUAUAUACCUUUAUAUAAUUAUAGCUUACAAAUCUAGUUCUGCUGUGCAAGUUUAGUUCUUCAACGCUUCGGUUGUUGACAUGUUAAUAUUCCAGGACUUUAAAUAAGGCAUAUGUCAUAUAUACCAAGAAUAACAGCAUGAAUUCACGCCCAGAUGACAGAAGAAUAUUAGGCCAAUGAAAAUUGAUAUCAUGUUUCUCGUCCCCACCCGCAUGGGAUUUAUCUGCCGCACGAAAAUUUUUCAUUAUUCAUUAUUUUUGAAAAAUAGGCUUAACAAGACACCAAAUUGAUCUCCAGAUCAAAGACUUAUUGCUGCAUUCCGCAAGCGCAACUCAAAUUGUAUCUUUCUAAAGAUAUUACUCGCCAGAAUGUCUUAUUCCAAGCUACUUUAAGAUGAAGUUUUAAUUAGUCAUUAUAGUAUGUACAAUCAUAUAUAUCUUAAUCUUUGUAGAUCAAGGUCACCUGGUAAAUCAAAAGAUGAGAAGAGAAUCAAGUAUGCCUUACUUACUAUUUCUUUGGCUGGAGUAUUUCUUGAAUGCAUACUUUCUGUUAUUGAGCUAUCAAUAAUAUUUAACCACAUACAGUAGAAUAGUUUAAGGUUAGAAAGAACAAUUAAUGAUAUUAACCAAAGAGAAAAUUUUGGGGCUUAAAAAGUUCAUUUUCCAUUUCUAUUUGUUUUAAAGGUCAGGUUCUCCAAAUAAAACAAAGGAUGAGGAGAAAUCAAAGUAAGAGAGGCUAUCUAUAAUCUAUCGAUUUAUCUAAUAUCUUAACUACAGGAACCUUCAUAUAACACACGCUUUGGGUUUGCUGCCCUUUGUUUGGAGGUGUCUGCUGUCUAGACGUCAGAGGUUUAGUGACAGUAGCAAGAUAAGACAAGCGUGCAAUAUAUAUGGUGAUAGUGAAGUUUUGCUAGCUUUUCAAUUAUAUCUUUUCACAGUUCUAUAUAGGGUCUACAGUACAUACACAAUAAUUUUGCAGAAUGGCUGGAAGCCUGGGAUAAGGUUUUUCAUGUUCAUAGUUUGUAUGUACAGUAGUUUGUUCUGUAUACUGCACACAAACUAUUUGCAUGAGCUGCUCUUUAUAUAGAAGUUGAUUUUGCUUGCAUUUAGUCUGUUUGUAAGACAGGAUGGUAUUAUACAAUUACUUUAUGGUUUCCGUGUUUGGAUGGCCUGAUCCAAACACGCGGGAAUGUUGCGAGAGUUAAGAAAAGCGAGCGAAAUCACGAGCCGAAGGCGAGUGAUUUUGCCCGCUUUUCUUAACUCGAGCAACAUUCCCAAGUGUUUGGAUCAGUCCAUCCAAACACGGAAACCGUAAAGUAAUUGUUUUAUAAAAUAACAACAACACGGUAGUCUUCCGUGUUUGGAUGGCCUGAUCCAAACACGGCUUUCGACCAAUCAGAAUAUGCGUUAUAUACAUGUUAUUUUAUAACCCAUAAUAGUGGGUGUGCUAAUUAUCCUUACUUGCAGCUGAGAGCUAACUAAAGUUGAAUUGCAAAGGAACAACCCAACCUCAAUAAGUCAAAGGCUUUCUAAGUGGCCCUGUCAGACAGCUUAAUAUGCAGUGGGAAAAAAUGGUGAAAACAACACUAUCAAUGGAAUUUGCAAUUAUUAUAUCCACAGUAUAUCAAUAUUAUUUCCAUACUUUAUCCAUAGUAUGGAAAUUGCAAUUAGUAUGAAAAUUGGAUUUCCAUACUAUUUUGAAUGAAGAUCCACACUAUUUACAUAGCCUAGUAAGUAUUUUGAAAACAAGUACGAUCAUACUAUAGUGGACCAGGAACUGCGUGACCCAGUUUCGAUCUUGUGCAAAUCGUUAAAUGUUCAAAACCUUCGAGACUUUGACUUGAUAAACAAAUAACUAGUCACUUGUGAAACUAAUGUUCUCGAAGUUGGCAACGUCGACUGAGUUCGCUAAAUGUUUUGCUUUAAUUUGGUCAUGCAAGGUAUACUUGAUCCGGGCAAAAUGUCAGUCUAGUGCCGUGUAUAAAUGAGGUGUAAAUCUGGACAAAGCAUUGAUAACUAAAUGGGCAGUUUUCAAACUGGGGCAUUGAUAACUAAGCAUUGAUAACUAAAUGGGCAAAUUUCCUUGCAUUUGAAUUCGAUAGAUAAGUUAAAUGUCCCACAAUAUUUAGAAAAAACAUGCCGUGCCUAAGUCAGUUAACUUUUGCCGUGCAUCAAAUUUUGCCGUGCCGUGCGUGCCAUUAAUUGCAAAAUAUUGCAGCUACAGUGCAGUCGUGCACGUGCCGUGUACGAGGCUUAAGUUAAGGUAACAAAUUAUCUGAAUUGUUGCUAGGUUAAUGCAAUUUCAUCUCGCUUAGUCAUGGCUUCAUAACUGCAUGCUUGUGCUAAAAACAAAUUUACAUGUCUUUGUUUUUACGGUUCACGAUUUUCUAUCGGACUAUGAAGAAUAUUAUACUGUACUGUAUAAUAGCCAGAUACAUGUAGCAAUAAUACUCCCCUGCGCUUUGAGAAACUAAGCCAGCGCGUGUUAAAUUUACUAGUCUCUUAUACGUUUUCACAUUCUCAUUCUCGAGAAGCUUUAGACUAUUGUGAUUGUGUUCACAACAAUAGACAAGACAAUGUCUUUCUUAUCGUUUGCGUUUGCUGAUAUAUUUGCUGAAUAUUAAUGAUAUGUAUAUAUUAUUUGCUACAGAUACAGUCAAAAAUUGCUUGUAUCUUGCUUCUAAAGUCAAAAGUGAAAAAUCGAACACCGUCAAUCGAUGCGGAAUAUUGCUAAGAAUAAUUGUGUUAAAUUUCAUUCCGAUCAGACAAGUAAUGGCGGAGCCUUAGGGUUUUUUCAAAGAGCGUCGCCCCCUAACAACAACAACAACAACAACAACAACAACAACAACAACAACAACAAGAUUAGCAGCGAUUGGGGACCAGUUCCUGGUCCAAAAAUUUCUGGUGACACCUCAUGUCUCAUCAUGGAGCCCAGCUACAGUCCAAUUUUUGGGGUUGUCUUAUCCCAUCCCAACUCAUCCUGUCAACAUGAACUCACUGUUCAUUGUAUGGAUGUGUCUGUUGGUAGAGAUUCCAAUGUUAGAAUUUUUUGAAGUACUAAGAAAGAAAGACAGAAAUAAUUUAUUUUUAGAUUAAACAUACUUAGUUAUACUUACCACUUAUUUUUAGGGAGCAACAAGAAGAAGAGGGGAAACAAAAGACAGAAAAAGAAACUGAGAAAGCACCAAAGAAACAACCUUUAUCGUUGGAAGAAAUGAUUGCGAGACGUGAAGCUGAGAAAAAAGCCCAAGAAAAGGUUGAUAUAAAAGUAGUAGUUUUACGUAUUGGUAUAGUGACAGGGAUAUUUGCAAGAGAUCUUUUCCAUAUGGCCUUUUAAUUUUGUUACUGAGUGUACAGCAAUAUUGCAAACAUGCCCAGGAGAUUUAAAACUGUUCUUUGGGAACGUUUGUAAAGCAUAAAUUUUCUGUGUGGAGAAGAUUAUAAUGUAUAUAAAUACAAAAUAUAUUGAAAAGUAUAUUGAAAAUAUAAUGUAUAAAUACAAUUAUUGAUUGCAACGUAUUCAAUAACUGCAGCAUAGAAGGAUUGUUCAGUUUAGGAUUGGGUGGAAUGAUGAAUUGGGCUCGUUAUCUGGGACCAGUUGUUUGAAAGCCAGUUUGCUUAAUCCUUGGUUAAUAUAAAACGUCAAUGCAAACUUUCCAACAGUUUGUUUGUACUAGAAACUUGGAAAUAUUUAUCCAGAAGUCUUGUCUGGAUCAUAUUCUUGACAGACGUGCAGAGCAGAAAUGCAAAAACCAAAACAGUGGGUUACAUUUUAAUCCAGGAUUAGCGCUAAUCGGUUUCGAGCAACCGGCUCCUCAAGUUUGUUCCACAUUAUAUAACCCUGAUAUGUAAGAAGUUACAAGUCUUCCAAGCCCCAUUGAAUAAUUAUGGUGAAUAUUUUUUCAUCGUCACUUAAGUGUUGUUAACAAUUUUCAAAUCGAUAUAAAAAGUUUAUUGUCUUGGUUUCUCUAGCCGAAAUUUUUAACGAAAGAAGAAAGAGCCGCAGAGGCGUUGAGGAAAAGACAAGAAGAAGUUGCAGAGAAACGAAAGAAACUAGAGGUAUAAUUCAGUGGAAUGUUUUAAUACACCUUUUAAUAAUAAUAAUAAUAACAACUUUAUUUAUAACAGACAGCCUACAUCACUACUCAAGUGCUUUUCAGCAGGGCUCUGUAUAUUACAUUCCGUUAUAUUAUUAUGUAAGAAAGUUAAAAGUUCUAUUCUAUAUAGAAAAAGUAGACUAUAUUAAAAGUUUAAGUUCGUUCUAUAUUGAUUUAAAAAAUUUAAAAACAGCACGUUUAAAAUUAGAUAAAGAAGACGAAUUUCUAAUAUUUUCAUCUAAAAGGUUCCAGUCCGCAAUGAAAUCACAGUUUGAUCUAAGCAGUCCUUUGCAAGUACUGGAUUUCAUUGGCCGUAAAUCGUUCUUAUGUCUUGUAUUGUAACUGUGAACAUCUGCAUUUCGGAUAAAUGUGUUAUCAAUAUCAUUUAUCCCAUUUAUUGAUUUAUAUACAUAGAGGCAUCUACGUAUACUUCGCCUUUGCUUCAGGGUAGACCAGUGUAACAUUCUUAGGGCAUCACUAGAAGAGGAAAGCAUUGGUCUGUCCAGUACCAACUUUGCUGCCUUGUUGUGCAAUACUUGUAAACUAUCCAUCAUAAUCUUGUUUUUCUUAUCUCCCCAUACCAGGCUACCAUAAUCCAGUAAUGACGUGAUCAUUGUAUUGACAAAUAUUAUCCGUGCAUGCUUAGGUAGUAGGUGCUUUAUUCUGCGCAGGAUGCCGAGGCGUUGUGAGACUUUUAUCUGUAGCUUUUCGAUGUGACUCUUCCAAGAGAGGUUCUCGUCAAUAACAACACCAAGGUACUUAAAAUUUUGGACUCUUUCCAAUGGUGCAUCAUUUGCGAUUAGCUGAAUGUUUGCAAACUCUUUCAACUUUCUUGAAUUUCCGAUAAUCAUCAGUUUUGAUUUGGGAACGUUUAGCAACAACUUGUUUUUCCGAAGCCAAUUCAUGACACCUUGUAGAUCGAAGUCCAAUUUGGCUUGUAAUUCUACUGCUGUUGAAGCCGGACAAAACAUUGCUAUGUCAUCUGUAAAAAUUACCAUACGGCAGUUUUCCAAGCAUGAUUGCACACCAUUAAUGUAAAUUAUAAACAACAAUGGGCCAAGUAUAGAGCCUUGCGGCACUCCAACAGUGAUCUUUAAGCUUUCAGAUAGUGAAUUUGCAAUGAUUGUUUGUUGAGAUCUGUUUGAAAGGAAAGAUUGAAACCAGCACAGUGUUUGACCUUGAACCCCAACACUCUUUAAUUUUUUCAUUAGAACUUGAUGGUUUACUGUGUCAAAAGCCUUUUUUAGGUCUAGAUAAACAACACCAGUUACUUGUUUAUUAUCCAUAUGCUUGAGUAUGUCGUCAGUAAAAUUAGUCAGGGCCAUUUCAGUUGAACGAUUUGCUCGAAAUCCAAAUUGCGUCGAGGUUAGAAUGGAAUUUUCCUUUAGAUAACCACCCAGUUGAUCAUGUGCAAUCCUUUCGAUAACUUUACUAACGGCCGGGAGGACUGAGAUAGGGCGAUAGUUAUCUUUAGAUGUCCUUUCUCCAUCUUUAAAUAACGCAAACACCUUUGCGGAUUUCCAUCUCUUAGGAAAACAUCCAUUAAGGAAAGAAUUGUUGAUAAUUCUUGUAAGUACGGGAGCAAUUACACCAGCCGCAUCCUUCAUCAUUCUUACACUAAUCUUGUCUAAUCCAGCACUUUUGUUAGAUUUCAGCUUGAGCAACUCAGAUUCAACAUAGUCACUUGUGACACUUAGAAGCUGAAAUUCAGAUGGAUAAUUGUACUUAAUGUUGUCAGGCCAGAUAGUUGGUAAAUUAGUGAAAACUUUCUGAAUCUUUUUGCCAAUAGAGGUGAAAUAUUUAUUAAGAAUCGUGGCAAUGGUCAUGCUUCCAGUACGUAAUUUGCAGUCGUCAUAUAUGGCGUUUAUAUCGGAGUUUGUUGAGUGUGGCCGGGUUUCUUUUAUCGCUUUCCACAUCUUUCCCCCAUCACCUUUACUGUCUUCGAUUAGCUUACAAUAAUAUUCAGACUUAAUUUUCCUCUCUAACUGAUUUGUAGAGUUUCUCAGCGACUUGUACGAUAUGUACGAUAGUCAUGACUACUUUCUUGGCGUUGGAGCCUCGCUCUCAUGAACUAAGACGAAAGGCCAUUUGCUCACGAUCCAUGAGAACGAGGCUCCCAGGCCAAGAAGAGAUUUGUGACGUAAUUAUCGAAAUGGUGUAUGAUGUAUUAUUGCUUUCUCAAACGGUCUGUGCCAGUGUAGGUUGUGGCCGUUGUACCAAUAAUAAGAAAGUUUCGGAUUGAUAUAGCCUGCGAACAGGCUCUUUCGCAGGCUAGGAUUGACAGGGAUGCAACUACUGUACCUGAAAAAUACAAGGAGAACUUGACGUUUCGAGCGAAGGCUCUUCGUCGUUAACUUCCCAAGGAAGGGCCUUCGCUUGAAAUGUCGAAGUUCUGCUUGUAUUUUUCAGGUAUUUGCAUCCCUAUCAUUCCGAUGCUUUCUUAUUGCUUUCUCAGUCUCUUCAUUUGCGUUCAAAAUGGUUUGUAUGCUACACGUUAAAACUAUACUAUACGUUUAUUUUUCGCAUGGUAUGAUAUGCACCAAUGAUAACCAUAUAAUAAAGACUCGUAUAUAUGUAAAAAGGUAUAAUAUAAGCGCGUUUUGGUUCAUGAAACGCUAGAGAUUGCUUGAUAUCAUAACGAUAGAGCAAAUAAUUUUAUAGUUUCGCUUACAUCGAAGUUGCAACAACUCCCUGUUUCAUCAAUGAAGGAAUUUUCAGGUGGUUGAAGAUUCCUUUUUUCCAAUGCAUGGCUGAAGAUUCCUGAAGAUUCGCUGAAGAUUUUAAUAAAGGAAUUUUCAGAUGGCCGAAGGUUCCAAGAUAUCUUUGUUGCAUGAAAUUACAAGCUAUUUAUUAGCACUUAUUCUGAGAACAUACAAAAAAGACCAUUUCACAGAUAAUAAUUAAAACUCAAGGGUAUAAAACGGUGCCGAAAAUAAAAAUAAUUGGCUAGUAAAGCUAGAUAGCAGCGAAGUAAAGCUAGUUGUUGAAAUCUCUUAUUGGUGUUGAGGUGUUAAGCAAUAUUUUCUUCUAGAACUGUAAUGCAUCAUAAUAUGGUUACUGUAAGUAUAUAAUGAUCUUCAUUUCCAAAUUUAGGAAGAACGUAAAAUGAGAGAGCAGUUUCAAAAAGAAGCGGAUGCAACUAGAGGUGUGUGUUUAUAUGGUAUACGUCAUGCUGAGAGGGGAUUUUUUCAGUGAGAGAAAUUCCAGGCAGACAUUAUGAACAAUUUUUUGUGCAACUUAACCAUUUUCUUUAAAUACUUAGGAUAUGACCGAGACAGGCGAGAUCGAAGAAAUCGAAAGCCCGAGGAAGAUAACAAGGUGAUUAAAAUUACGUUUAAUAAGUAGUUAUUUGCAAUCUCAAGAACCACAGAUCCAGAACAAUCACCUAGAAUACCUCAUGCUUCCAUCACUUCCAUGCAAUAUACCAUUUUGCAAGUGCAAAUUUUUUCAGUACCAGUCCUUCCCUGGGGGUAAAUCGAUUCUAUAAAUAGAAUUUUACCCCAAUAAAUUGACACGGGUCUCAGUACGGAAUGGUUGUUCCCAAGGAAGAUUGGAACUAGAAGGAAAUUGAAUAAAUAUAUUGGUGUUUUUACUCACAUAGGUCUAUAGUUAUUAUUUCCUAUAUACUGUACCUUUAUUUCGUCCUAUGCUUUAUAAGAACAUCGGCAACAUGGCAAUAAACAUUCGUUACCUGCGUAAUUAGGUGACAAGAUAUCAACUCUCUUACAAUAAUUGCCGUUUAAUGCCUUCACAUUUAUGCCAAAUAUAAAUGCAUUCAAAUCACCCUGUUUCAUCUCUAAAGGCUAAAUUGAAAACUUUCAAAUUGUUUCAUCUCUAAAGGCUAAAUUGAAAACUUUCAAAUUUUGUUCUGAUAUUUUGUUUAGGGUAAUAACCCAGAUACUAUGAUGGAGAAAGAAGCCAUCAAGGUAGGUUCAAGAUGUCGACUACUCAACUCUGCGAAUGCAGUAUUCUUUUGGAACGCACUUGAGAUUGUGGGUCAGACGGGAACAAGAGUUGCACGAGUUGAUGAGAGUUGACUGGAUGUUACCCGCCAAACGAGCAAAAACUCUAAUAGAUUCUCAUCAAAAUAUGAACCAGUCCAAGUUGGUGAGACUUGAUGAGAGUGCAUGAGAGGCGACGAGAGUUGAUGUUGAAACACGAGCGAGAGUUCAACUCUGAUCCACUUUCAUUUGACGGUGGCUUGACUAUAAUAUUUGCUUAAUUAUAUACACGUUCUCCCAUGCAGACAAGCAUUUAGUCAUUACGAAAAUAUUUUGCGCACUUAAAUUGGAUAGACCCCGAUUCCAAACAUUGGUUCUAUGUAACUGUCUCAUAUAGUGUUGGUUCAGAGACCCGAAUGAUCAGUCAGACAGUAAUAGUAUUUGUGUAUUUAAUGGAAGGUUUCUUCUCCGACGUUCUAUAGAACAUAGGGUUUUCACAAUUUUUUUAACAUUACACAAGCCCUUAAAAUUUAUGUCGGUCGAUUGGGAAAAGUUGCAUAGAACUUAUCCCUCAGUUUCUAUUGGUCCAAGGUAGAGGAUGUACUUACGCUGAGUAACCUCCAAUGGCUCCAUGUACUUGAAAACUCGUAUAAAUGGAGUUCAUGGUUUUUCUCGAUGUCCUCCUGUUUUCCUCUCUUACUAGAAAGUAUAACCCUUAAUCCUUGCGCUUUAGUUUUUGAGCACAUUUUUAAUUAAUGAGCCUCUUGUCUUACAGUCUAUUUGAUUAAAUAACUCAUCAUAAAUAUGUUUACCUGUAUCUUUGAUGUUGUAAUAAAAAUCAAUGCUGUUGGAUAUUGCAUUUUUUUAGGCGAGAUACUUGGGCAUAACGAAAAAGAAACGUAAAGUACGAAGGUUGACUGAUAAGAAAUUUGUAUUUGACUGGGAUGUCAAUGAAGAUACGUCCGUAGAUUACAACCCGAUGUAAGUAAUUGCAGAACGACGGGGCUUUUUGAAAUGUAUUUUGGUCUUCGUUUUCCAGGUGGUAUUUAAACUCCCUAGGUUUAAACCUUUAAGGAUACCUCAGUUUCACCCUUAAUUACAAUUAGCUGAUGAGUUAUUGAAACUGGAUGUAUUUGAGAUUCUUUAAUAAUUAAACCUGGUAUAUCUGCAGAAAUAAGGCUUACUUAUGCACCAGUAUCUAUGGUAUAAGGACGUUUGUCUCAACAUUGUUUACAGUAGCUUUAACAUGAUAACUUUUGCAACCAUUUAAUUUUGGACUGUAUGGACUUUCAUUUGUUCUACUGGACUUCGAUAGGGAUAUAGGACGCCCCCUCUCUGGUUACUUAAGGCUGGUGUCGGGGCUCUGGGCCAGCUUCUUUCUCGUUUAAAGACGGGCAGUUUUGGGCUCAACAUAUGAAUCAAUAAGACAGGUUUUUGACGCUGUCAAUUUUGAACUUUUUUACAAAGCCGUCAUCAUUAAAGGCAUCUUUCAUCUAACAGCAUGAUAAUAGGAUCGAAAAUUUACAGUUUCAAAAACUCGUUUUGUUUGAUUAAUGUAUUCGUAUGGUUUUUCAGGAUAGCAUUUCAAUUAUUAUGGCUAUCUUUGUAGUCAUCUAUACAUCUCGUAUAAUAAAAAGUAAAACCUCACUUAUUUUAUCAACUUUCACAGAUAACGGACUCAUAAUGAACUGAUAAAAUAUCGCAUUGACCAUGGGAUUGCAUUAUACUGUAUAUUGCCAACGUGAUUAUAUGUUUUCACUCCUGUUACGUGUCUUUUUACAUAGAGUAUAAAAGUAUGUACAUUUUGUUGACAGUUACAAAGAGAAGCACUCCAUUCAACUCUUUGGACGAGGACAUAUUGGUGGAAUUGAUAUAAAGGUGGGUUCAAAAUGCAGUUAUCCAACUUCAAAAUUGGGUUUGCCCCUAUUUUGUGCUGUAUUUUGGUUGAAAUACGCAGAGAAUAAGUCGUUUCUCUUACUAGGGCGGUGGUUGGAUGCAAGGGGGGUUCAAUCACUACCAUUAAGGGACCAUUAACCGAUCAGAUGCGCUUGAUAUAUCCGAUUAACCAAUCGGAUGCGCACUAAGCCAGUGAGAGUGAGAGGUAGUGGAAGUCAAAUCUGAAUCUUGCUAAUAAUGUCCCUGGACCCUUCCCAUUCCACAAAACACUGCUGUGUGUAGCUCCAAAUGUUUAUGAACUUGGUCAACGGUUGCAAAUCCUGACCAUGGGUCGAUGAGCACCCGCCUCUACCAGAUCUGGCUGGAUCCAUCCCUGUUCCAAUAAACGUCAAAUGAAAUUUAAUAGGAAAUAAAAAUGGGGAAUCCGGCUUCCAUGUGAUCACACCGUGUGAUCACCUACUUCGAAAAUCAUCAGUACAUGAUAAGAAAGUUAUUUAAUGUAAUUCUGAACAAAGAUGUCAUGUCUCUGUUUGCAGAGUCAGAAGAAAUUAAGUCGUUUCUAUUCGGAACUACUGGAAGACAGAAGAACACAGGCAGAAAAAGACCAAGAAGUGUAAGUUUUAACAAGGAGAAAUUUCAGUUUCUCGUCCUUUCCGGUUGUUUAUAGUCCUGACAGAUAUUUUUCAUUGAAAAGUUAGCGAAUAACAAGAUACUGUAGGCUAGGAGAAUGAGCUGCGUUUGAUUUGAAAUCAGUGGGAAAACCAAUAGCGCGAGACUAUCAAUCACAAUACAAUAAACAAAGCAAACGAAUGGUUUCUGCAUGUAUCCAAAAAACCAUUCUAUUUCAUUUUAUUGUUCGGUGAUUACGUUCAUUUUCCAAAACCAGAUUAGCACAAUAUGGCGGAAAAAAUGAGUCACGAAAGAAUUAUAUGUUUAUAUAUGUUUAUAUUCUACUCAAAUUCUACCCAAUUUGGGGCUAAUCCCUCUACUGUAAGAUUAAUGCAGGCUACUGUAUACUUGCCCAUGCAACUGACAACCAAGAAGAAAUUUCUACAUGCAAUUUCUACUGUGGUAACCGUAACCCUGGCCAGGUUAAGCGGGCAAGCGUUACAUCGCAUCAUUAUCAAGUUACAUGUUUGUUUUCCACGUUAGUCACCGUAUGAAUAGAGUCCGUGACAAAGAAAAGAAACAAGCGUACGAUGAUCGUCACUGGACUCACAAAGAUCUUGAGGAGAUGACCGAGAGAGACUGGAGAAUAUUUAAAGAAGAUUUUGGUAUAUCAUGUAAAGGUAGAAAACACGAUUUUAAAUUAACUAGAUUAAAAAAGCCAUAUAAAAAUUAAGAUCUGCAUUCAAUUCUCCAAAUUUAUCUUGAUAUAUAUGUCAGAUAAUGUUUGGCCACUCAUGCAAGUAAAAUUGCUAUCCUAUAUAGGGUUUAAUUGAUACAUUUACGUUUGUUUCCAGUGUAAAUUGUAGCUAUCUCACUUAGAUCUGCUAAAUUUUAUGUAUUCUGCAUUCUCGCAUAACACAUUUUCAUUCUCGACAUUGGUCAAGAAUGUUUGUUCAGCUUUUUUCAAACAAUAUAUACUGGUUAGAAUACUUGUGAGACAUGAAAUCGGAUGCGUGUUGCACCUUUAGCCUAAAUGUGCUAUAACCACCUUACAAGUGUAAGCAAAAAUUAUGUACUAGAUAAAACAUGAGCAGCCGAUCUUUAUCUGAUAUACAAACUCGAGCCGAAGGCGAGAGUUUGUAUAUCAGAUAAAGAUCGGAUGCGAAUGUUUUAUCGUGCUUAAAAAGCGACCCAUCUUAUGAGUUCAUUGGCGAAGUAAUUUUAAAAAUAAACAUUGUCCAAGCCGAGAAAAUCAAAGUUAAAAUUUAUGUAAAUCAGGACAAAUUCUUAUCCGAUUUACAAACAUUGAUUAAACAUUCAUUUCUUUUGUAUUUUCCUCAUGAAUUGUUAAUGAGUUUUUUAAGUACUAGAUAAACACACGAUUUGUGUUGUUAUUAAGUGACAGUUCCCUCCUAGGCUUACAUGAAGAUGGUAUUUUUAGUAAAGUCUCCUUGUUGCUGUAUAACUGCGGGAUAUAUAAUAUUACAAUCUGCAGGAUUUAUUUUAAUUUGGUCGGUCACAAUAAUAGCCGACUGUUGACUGUUAUAAUCCAUACUGUUGGUUUAAAGCACUUACAGGAAAGGCGUUUAAGGCAUAUACUGUAACUGAUAUACUACAGAUAUAGAGCGUUUGCACUCAUUACCCAGGGACCAACUCAACAAAAGUCGCGGCGGCCAUGUUGAUGUUCCAGACAAAAGAGUCUAAUUAAAAUUAUUUUGAAUUGGAACACCAAUGUAGCGGCUGUGACGUCAUGUGCAAACGCUCUGUCAACCGUGUAAUUUUGGUUAAUUUUGUUUUUAUCCAUUUUCAGGUGGCCGAAUUCCAAAUCCGGUCAGAAAUUGGCAAGAAUCUCAUCUCCCACCUGAACUUUUAGAGACAAUCGAUAAACUCGAGUACAAGGUGGGUGGAGUGGUGGAUGCACAUUUUGAAAUUUUUAGUCCCAAGUACAGUCGUGUAGUAUUUGAAAUAUAGGAGGUUGAUGGCGCAGUGCUUAGUGUGUCUUUCACCUCUGCGAGCAGAGGUUCGAUUCAUGCAGUCUGCAGUUGCUUCAUUUUAAUUUCACCUAAAGACUUGUUUACACUUGCAAUUUUUGUUGCGACUUUAGGUGCGAUUUUCUUCUUUUGAUGGAUGUGAACGAGUGGAUAAGUUAUGACUGUUCAGAUGAGGGUACAUGUACUCCGAACAUUCGUAACUCAUUUACUCGUUCACAUCCAUCAGAAGGAGAAAAUCGCACUACAAAUCGCAGCAACAAUAGACCUUUCCCUUUUGAGUGAAAUUUUGAUCUAGACAAGUCUGGACAAAAAUUUCAUCAUAGCUUGAAAGAGCAUUACAAAAUUAGUAAUAUUCCGAAGUUUCGUUGCGAAAUGUUGUAAAAUGCGGAUAAUAUAGCCUUGCGAAGUUUGCCGUUUUUCAGUCAUUUUGUAUUACAAAUGGGAAAUUGAUAAUCAGUUUGAUCAUCUGAUUAUCAAUUUCCCGUUUGUAAUGCAAAAUGACUGAAAAACGGCAAACUUAGCUACGCUAUAUUAUCCGCAUUUUACAACAUUUCGCAACGAAACUUCGGAAUAUUACUAAUUUUGUGAUGCUCUUUCAAGCUGUGAUGAAAUUUUUGUCCAGGCAUAUCUAGAUCAAAAUUUCACUCAUAAGGGGAAACCCCGGGAAAGGUCUAUUGCAAGUGUAAACGGGCCUUAAGCCUGGUUUACAUAUGGUCGUAACGGUCGUAAAGAUUGAGUCACGAUCUUUCUCAUCAGCCGAAAUACAACAUUUUAGAACUGAAAAUACGCGGAGUGACUAUAACUAGAGAAUACUUAUGAUUUAUAUGUGGUUUACAGGUAUAAACUAUUAUAGACUGAUCGUUGAGAAAGAUCGUGACUCUAUUUUUACGACCAUUACAAGCAUAUGGAAACCAGGCUCUUGAAGAGUGCGUCUUUUUUUUACUCUACCAACCACUAUUUUUUAUUAUACCUACUGUAUAUUAUCUAUAAUAUUAAUCAAAUAUUUGAAUGUUAAAUAUGAAAUUGUGAGAAGAAUUUACAGGUAAUUGGUAUAUGUUUUUUUUUAAUUCUAUAGGACCCAACACCCAUUCAAAGACAAGCCAUUCCAAUUGGAUUACAAUGUCGUGACAUCAUUGGUGUUGCCGAAACCGGUACGUUAGUGGGGAUGUGCUGAUCAUCCUUACUUGCAGCCAUUGAACUAUAAGUAAAGUGGAACGAUAAGUUGGCCGCCAUCUUUGAAGCCGGUUAUGAGUGUUUUCUGCAGGUAGCCCCAGUCUUUUUUACAAAAUGGAUGCGAAAAAUACAGCUUAAAAAUUGUUAAUAUUUUCUUACUUUUACUUCUUGCAAGGCAUUUAUAGUAUCUCAGAGCACACUUAGACAACACAUCUUUUAUCUAAGGCACAUAAAAUAAGCAAAUAUUGUUUAGCUGCCGAAAUAUGACACGAACAAAACGAAACUCGGCAAAAAACCGCGCGAAAUCUAUGGUUUUUCUGAGUUUUGAGACUUUCCAGAAAGAGUUCAGAGACAAAUUUAUACAAUUUAUGUAGAAAAUCUUAGAUACGGUUGAUAAUGAAGUCCAAACAUCCAGAAACGUACUUUAAUAAGUUAAAAUUAAGGAUUAAAUUAGUAAAAAUACAUCGUGAAACUUUUUGUGUAUUUAUUUUCGUAUACAUACCUGCGAACAGGCUGCACUUGAGCGCCCGAAAUUUGGCUUCACCCAAACAUAGGCCUUUAUCAUAGGAGUUAUCGUUCCAGUUUAUUUAUAGUUCAAUGCUUGCAGCUGAGGGCUUAGUUGAAUUGCGAAGGAUGCAGUUCUACAUGAUCGAGUUGAGGUUUUCUAUAUAGGUCGCCUAUGUCUGGCACGUUAUGACAUUCUCUGUGGAAACCGAAAUACCCGUAGAAAAGCAACGACAUUCGGUAGCGUUGCCUGAUUCUUUUCACAUAAGUACUGAUGAGUGCGCGGAACCCUGGGUACGAGGCUGUGAGAAUCGAACUCGCGAUUCCGGAGGUGAAAAGCGCUUGCUGUGACGAUUGUCAGACGAUUGCGCCACCGUAAGGCAUGUAACUUCGUACCCAGGAACAAGAGAAAAUGAAAGCUUUUGAAAUUCUUGUUACAAAUCAAUAUACAUCAAUUCAGUGAUAAAUUAUUUACUAUAAUCAUCCUUUAAUAGUCAUCAUUAAAAACGUUGUAAACCGAAGUUCUUGAUAAAUAACAUUUUAGGGAAGACAAAACUCAAUUCCAUAUUGCGAUUACUCUGGGAAUCAAAACAUUUUUUCUAUGUUAAAAGCAUUUCUUAUAUUAAUAGCAUUAUUUAUAUUAAUAGCAUUAUUUGUUGUCUUUUGUGUCUAUAGGUAGUGGAAAGACAGCCGCGUUUGUUUUGCCGCUUCUUGUCUGGAUCAUGGGAUUACCAAAAAUCGUCAGGCAAGGCAAAAAUUGUAUCAUCUGCACAUUAACGCAUGCAUGGAUUGCUCGAUACACACUGAUCUGAAACGUAAACUGGAUAAUCCAUUUUUCACUGAACAGUAAACAUUCCAUGGACCUGUUCAUAUGAGUUCAGCAGCUACAGUAACCUGCCGCAUGCCCAUGUUAACGCAUGUAAAAUUCAAUUUAUGUUCGAAAGACGAGCCAGAAUAUACAAGAGACGAGCCAGCCCAGCAAUGUUGGGAUCUUACCGAGAGCCAGGGGCGCCGUGGGUCUCAUGUUUUGGGGAGGGCCAAGUGCAGUACUUUUCCGAAAAACCUCAAUGAGGAAAGAGUUUUCCGGACGACAACAUUUUAAAUCCCCCCGUCGACAACGUUUUAGGUAAUAAAUUUUCUGGACAAUAACAUUACAAUUGCUUUCGUAGCACUUUUCCCGAUUUUCGUAUCACUUUUUCCGAUGCUUCACCACGAACAUUCCGACAACAUUGAGAAUUUUCCGACCCAUGUCCCCCCCCCCCCCUGCCGAGAACGCUGUGUGGCAUCUCAGUCAAGGGAGAUAUAAUUUUCCUUUAUCCCACUUGACCGAGAUGGAAUUGUUUUUGCCAAUUAUGACCUGCAUAUAUAGUUGGAAUAUGAAAUAAGAAAAAUAUUAAUAGACCUCCUGGCAGAAUGUACAGUUUGUUCAAUCAAAACAGAAAGUAUCUCCAAAGCACUAUGCUUGCGUCGUUUCGUCCCAGCGAGGCCGGGUAUUAGAUGGGAUAAAAGCAGUCAUAUUGUAUGAACACAGAAAUUAUAUGAAUGAGCUCGUAUGAACAGGCCCGAAAGACCCAAUGAACAGUAUUUGUGUCUGUUUCUUUUUAGUACGUCUUCAACUUACCAAACUACAGUACCAGUUAAUUACAAAAUUUUGACAAAUAAAACACCUCCAAAAAAGAACGUUCUACCAUAGUACAGCACAUUAGAGUCAAGGACAAAAGGCUGAUUUCCAGUCAUUUUUGACACGAUAGAUCAAUGUGUAAUUGAUUUCCUAUUAUUCGACUUCUAGAGAACAAGACAUUGAUCAAGGACCUUACGCACUCAUCUUGGCUCCUACAAGAGAACUUGCACAACAGGUUGUACUGGGAAAUAUUUUAAGUAUACAAUAUACGACUAAGGGGGUGACCAAGUUCUUUCUGUCGCAACUCUAGAUUGAGGAAGAAACUUUAAAAUUUGCUAAACCACUUGGUGUGAGGACUGUGUCAGUAAUUGGCGGUGUAAGUACUUCACAUAAUGCUGAAUGAGAGGUUCAGAUUUCACUACCACUACCUCUCACUGGCUUAGUACGCAUCUGAUUGGUUAAUCGGAUAUAUCAAACGUAUCUGAUUGGUUAAUAGUGUGUUAAUGGUUAGUCAAAUCCGAACCUCUCUAUUGGUUGUAUAAGUGCGAUAUACUUGUAAAUGUUAGGCUCGCGAGAUUUAAUUAAACAAAAUGAUGCUGGAACUAAAGUUCAUGUAAUGCUUAUUUCAGAAUAUCUACCGUAUAUGUGAUCGACGUUAAAAUACGGGGGGAGGGGGGUGGGGGGGGGGUUAAAAAUGACUAGUAUACUUUCGUCUCGAAUUUCUGAUCAAUAGAUGAUUGAAUACAUGCAUCAAUUUUUGUUUUCAGUUAUCAAGAGAAGACCAAGGUUUUCAACUCAGGCUUGGUGUUGAGGUAUACGUGCUGCAUGGUUAUUGACUCCUUUGAUGUUAAAUUAACGUACUGUACAGUCGUGGGUAGAUUAUUGAAAAUCGAUUAAUUUUAUCAAUUUUCUUCUUUUGAUGUUUUGCGAUAAUGUAAUUUUUCUUUCAUUUUUCAAUAGAUUGUAAUUGCAACGCCUGGUCGUCUUAUUGACGUUUUGGGUAUGCUAUGUACAACUUCUUAAUAUAAAAAAUAUAACCUCAGACUCGUAGUAUGUAAGCGAUGCCUACAAAUUCAAUAGAGCCCAAGUCGUGAAAUAUUAAUUUUUAAUGAAUUAGUUCGUGGUCUUUUCUGAAAAAUCUAAAUCCUCCAUGAAUCCUCCAGUAAAUUUUAUAUAUUUAUUAGGCCCUGUGGAAGGAAUCGAAAUUGAAUUACUCUAGCUUGAAUUACUCCAGUUGCAAUUUUUCGCGACUUCAUGCUCCUGCAUGGUUAGGUAUAAUAAAUGUAAAAAAUUUACACUCGCAAUCCCCAUCUACAAAAUCCUUCACCAAUUACUGUAGUUUCUAUAGAGUGAGAUACCCUGAUAUAAUCCAUCUCUAACCCAAUAAAUAAUAUGUUGCUUCUUUCACUUUUUGUUUGAUUAGAAAAUCGUUAUCUCGUAUUAUCACGUUGUUCAUACAUUGUGUUGGAUGAGGUAUGUUGCUUGGGUAAUGUGCUAAAUAAUGACACCAGUCGGCCAAUGACAUCACAAUUGUGCGUGAUCGCAAGCUUUAGAACAACUUGGAACUAGGCAGUAAUGUGGCUGCUAUAAAGGCAUAGCUGAUUCUUACCCAUGCAGUCCGUCUCUGUUUUUUUCUGCUAUAUGGAGGACGAAUUUUAGUAAAUUAUUAUUUAGUAAAUACAAGUGAAGUUUUGAAAAGCAAAUUAUGGGAACGACCAACAAAUGAUCAUGAAUUGUUAUAACAAUUAUUGAAAGCUGCUUUCUCCCAUUAUGUAUUGUUAACUAAGAAUGCCUGAAAAAAUAUAUGAUAUGGUUUUCAGAAGAAAAAAGCUUUCUCAGGCUUCUGAAAACUGGCUCUCGGUAAUUUUCGCCCACUGAAUGGUACAUUUUUGUAAUUUUGUAAAGCUCCUUUUGAAAUGAUAUUGUGAAAUACUGGGCAAAAUUGACCAAAAACUGUAUGCAGUCAUCUUUCAAUUUAACAACUUUAUCGUUUCUGUAGGCUGAUCGUAUGAUAGACAUGGGAUUUGAACCUGACGUGCAGACAAUAUUAGAACAUAUUCCUAUUACUAAUCUGAAACCUGAUAAUGAUGAUGCUGAAGACCCAGCAAAAUUACUGGAAAGAGUUGCCACAAAAGAUCGCCUUCGCCAGGUGAGUUGAUGUAAUUAUUACAGUACUGUACAUAGAUAUCUUAUAUACACUAGAUAGCGCAUCUCUUUUAGUAAAAUUGAAGCCAAGAAUAUUCCAGCGGUUCCCCCCAAUUGAAUAGAUGGCGGCCAUGUUGAAGUUUCCCACUCGCUAAUAAACGAUUAAAAAACAACAAUAACAUUCAUCAUUUAAAAUAGUUUGGAAAUGUAUUUGGAAUAGGUUUAACUUAAUGUUUAAGUUCCCUGUUUAAGAAAUAAAAAACAUACGAGUCUUCUCAUUUCAUGGGAAUAUCCUGAGUCUGCAAUCACGGCUUCAAUUUUUGAAUUGCAGAAUAAUUAGAUGCACUAUCUAGUGUAUAUAAAAUAUCUAUGGUACUGUAGGACAUUAGCGGAGCUGUAAUCAAUCGGGGCAAGUCGAUAAUGAACAUUGAUCCGGAUUUCCACUUGCAAGAAAAAUUUCGCUGUCGAAGUUUUUCACUCAAUUUAAAUUAAAUUUUGGAUUGUGGGUGGUCAAAUACAACUGAUUUAUUCGUAUGGUAUUCAUAAGAAAUCAAGCGAAAUAUUUCGACGUCGAAAUAUUUCUCUGUACGUGAAAAUCCACCUUAUACUAAGGACUGCGGACUUUAAAUAACUUGUUUGUAUUUUACUCAAGUGGGUACAAUUUGGGGCUAAUACCUGACAACACCAGCUAACUGACAUCGAUCUGACGAUCAUUCCCAUCAUGCACCACGAAAAUAUAAUUAACCCACAAACUCGCUUUUUCGAACUUCACUGGUACGGACGAUAUGGAGAAAAUAACUGAGCGCAACUAAGAACACGGAGGCAAUAAAGGUUACCUUUUUAGACGGUUAUUUAUUUUCUGUAGACGGUUAUGUUUACAGCAACGAUGCCUCCAUCUGUUGAGCGGCUGGCACGGAGCUAUCUGAGGUGAGUUAGCGCAUAUUUGAUCAUGACGCAUUUCACACUGCAUGGACAGCUCUAUCAGAAGUCAGUGCUGAACUGUUCUCCCUCAAGCGUUUGGGUCAUCCCACACGCCACAUGCAACUGAGGCGAGGUAAUCAUGCACUAACCAUGACCAUUGUCUCACCAACACUUUCUGUAUUUUGUAGUACAAGACUUAUUAGACUUAUUUUAAAACUAGGUAAAGAGAUGCAAAUAAAACACCACAGCCAGAAAGAGCACACUAAAAUGAGUAAAAUUGCAAAGUUUGGUUGUGAAAUGUUGUAAAAUGCGGAAAUAUAUAGCCUUGCAAAGUUUGCAAAUUUUGUAUACUUUUGUAUUGCAUGCGGAAUUUGCUACCAUUUUCGGCCCUCCGUUUAGUCGUCGUUUAGACCCACUUUAUUUGCUUUUCGUAUUUGUUUUCAGGCGACCCGCGGUUGUAUAUAUUGGCUCAACUGGUAUGUAUUAUACACGUAUUUCGAAAUACUCACCAGUCAGAAAACUUCAGGCACUCAGGAAAUAUUAUGGUGCAUUGUGUAGAGUUUAGUGCCGUAUCCAGAAGUUAUUUUGGACACACAGAUCUGUUGCGCUAUUGAGCGUUGCGUCAUUAGCCAAAAGGUCGAGAACCAUUAGGGGUAGAAGGUCAUCGACUCUGGUUUAUGCCACAAGGAAAGUUUUGAAAUUAAGUGCCCUCCAUUUUGAGAUGUGAUUCUUCACAUUGGGAGGGGUGAUUUUUAAGAGCUCUUAUAUUUGGCUAAGGUAAACACGGAUAGGAAAAGUAGACUGUAAAAUAUUUGUACACUGUUUUGUACAUUCAAUUUAUUGUUCCGACGCUACAUUUUAUUUGUUUAAAAUAUUUCAAGGCAAACCAACAGAACGGGUUGUACAGAUUGUGCACUUGAUGACAGAACAAAAAAAGAGGUAGGCUAAAUUACAUCAUUGAUAUAUAAUAUACGAUAGUAUAGGGUAUUAUAGGGAUAGGAUAAAACGCGUGAACAUUUCGAGUAUGUCAUCAAAAGUCAGUCGAAGUGGGCGUCAAGCAGGAUAGAAGAAUGCCCUCUUUUGCAUAAAAUGCUAAAUUCAUGCUCAAAUAUAAGAAUAUCACGCUUUCAUGGUUGAAAAAAACUUGGUUGAAAAACUUACUAUUAAAAUAAUAGGUUUUAUUAAUCCAUCUUUAGAUAAAGAAUACAAUCAGUUUAUUAGCAUUCAAGAGACCAUAGCAAAAAUAUUGGGAUGGACAAUCGCCCUCUCCCAGUGUCCGCCAAUUUGUAUAGUCGACCUUUUUACUGGUAUUUGAUAUAUCAUUCAAGGCUAGGCCAUUCAUUAUUUUAAGAUAUGCAUUGUUGUUGUUGUUGUUGUUGUUGUUGUUGUUGUUGUUGUUGUUGUUGUUGUUGUCGUCGUCGUCGUCGUCGUCGUCGUCGUCGUCGUCUUGUUAUUCAAUUGUUGUUGUGUUAUUGUUGUUGCCAAUUUAGUGGUGUGGAUCACGUCCAUGUCAAAAUUGUUUGUUUAUCGUAAUUUACUUAUUACGUUUAGAACAAUAACAAGAUUCAAAUUUAUAAUUGUAUUUCUACCUCGCCUGCCAUAUAGGAAAAAGCUUUUGGAAAUUCUUAGCAGCGGCGAUAUGCAACCCCCAAUCAUGGUGUUUGUCAACCAGAAAAAGGUCAGACAUUUAAAUUACGCAAUUAAAUAAUGAACAUUAUAUAUAUAUAUAUCAGUUCUUAAAAUAUCAACAUGUACAUUUUGUUUGACAGGGAGCAGAUGUUCUUGCAAAAUCACUGGAAAAAAUGGGGGUAAUUCUGUAUUGAUAUGCUAUAAAAUAUUAUAUUUUUUAUCCGAAAAUAUAAGGCCUGCUUGUCGCUGAGAUUUCAAGUCUGAGCACAGAGUUGUCUUUCCAUGCAGGGUUAUAGGCAUACUAUAAACGCAUUCAUUAAAUGCUAGUCUUAAAUUGAAGGGGAUAUAGCUAUACGAAAUGAUGGGUAUAUAAUUAAUAAUAGUGGGUAUAUUUACACCACCACGUAGGUUUUCAGUUUUGAUGUGCACCUCAGCCAACGUUAUCCAAUUCAUGUAUUAUUAUUCUUUAUAUAGUACAGGGCAGUUACUCUUCAUGGUGGAAAAAAUCAAGAAUCAAGGUAAAGUGACCUUUACUUUCUAGUCUUGGAAAUUUCAGAAGGAAGGGGACGAAGAUUUUUCAAUUAGAAUUUCAGGCUUUUCCCGCACACUUGCUAAAACAUGACGCACGUCUUUUUCACGCAUAGUUUUUGAAAUUUAUGGUUUAGAAAUGCCUUUGGGGAAUAACAGUGCCAUUUAUUGUGCAGACCAAAAAGCAAUCAAUCCAUAAAAUAAUUUAACAUGUCUAUAAAACUGUUCUUUGAUUCUGAUGGCGCAUGGCACAUAUAGGCGCGCGCGCUGGAUCGAGUUCCUUUUCAGGCAAGGCUUGAUUGGAAUAGAUUUAAUAGACUUAAACAGGUUUUCUCAGAUAAACAUUCUACAAAUAACGAAUGUUUGUGAGUGCAAUGGUAAGAAUAUUUUAAUGAGCUCGUAUGAGUUGAAAGAUGGUAAUUCCAGUCAACGUGGCGAAGUCUUUUACCGAAUGAAAAUAUUCUUAUCAUUGCACUAAUGAAAACAUUCAUUUUCUGUUUUAUAUAACACCAUAUGAUGAUAUAGUAUUGAAUGAUUUAUCGAGUAAUUAUAAAAUAAACAAAUAGUCAAAACAGUCUAACAAACAAUACUGAAUUUAAUGCAGCCCGCGGUAUAGAUAAAACGCAGUGGAGAAAAUGAGUCAUGCAAUGGAUUCAUUUCAUUGCAGGGUCAGUGAAAUGGAAACUUCUAUUUUAAACUUUUUAUUCAAUUUUAAAAUCUUUAACGAGCGCUAUUUCUUCAGAGAGUUUGCAUUGGCAAGUUUGAAGAACGGCAGUAAAGAUAUUUUAGUGGCCACAGAUGUUGCAGGUCGUGGUAUUGAUGUUAGGUGAGUUAAUUGUUGUUAUUAUACAUUUAAUAUGUAUUCUCGUUUCUAAUUGGUCAGAAAGCACCGGCUAAUUUUCAGUAUUCCGCAUUUAUUACGUAUUUUCCGCCGAUGUCGUCAUCAGCGUCCAAUAAUUGUUUUUUUGGAUCGAACUUGCAUCCAAAAAAAAAAUUAUUGGACUCUCUUGUGCCCAAACCCUUGCGCGGCCAAAAGCUUGGUCCUAAAGCGCGCGAAAAAAAAACAAACAAUGGCCUACAGCAGAUUUGCUUCGUUGAAUGAAAGUGAACUCUCCAAAUUAUUGGCAGAUAAGGAUAGUGAAAGGACGAAAAAAGCCACAAAGGGGUAAAUAGAAGUAGAAAUAGAAUAUUUAGCUGACCUUUGACUUUGUGCAAGGUGUUUGAUAUUCAAAUUGUACUUUUCCUACCUCAUGAACAGGAAUCGUUUUAUACGUUUCUCAUGUCUUUAAAUGUAUAAUAAAACAAUUAUUGGAUUCGGCUUUCGUAUGAUAUCAAGAAUUAUUCAGACCUCGGUCUAUGUUAUCCGCCUCAGCUUCGCUUCGGCAGAUAACAUUGACCUCGGUCUGAAUAAUUCUUGAUAUCAUGCUCAGCCUCAUCCAAUAAUUGCUUAUUAUUAUACAUUUAAUAUGUAUUCUCGUUUCUAAUUGGUCAGAAAGCACCGGCUAAUUUUCAGUAUUCGGCAUUUAUUACGUAUUUUCCGCCGAUGACGUCAUCAGCGUCCAAUAAUUGUUUUUUUGGAUCGAACUUGCAUCCAAAAAAAAAAAUAUUGGACUCUCUCGUGCCCAAACCCUUGUGCGGCCAAAAGCUUGAACCUAUAAGCGCGCGAAAAAAAAAAACAAACAAUGGCCUACAGCAGUUUUGCUUUGCUGAAUGAAAGUGAACUCUCCAAAUUAUUGGCAGAUCAGGAUAGUGAAAGCACGAAAAAAGCCACAAAGGGGUAAAUAGAAGUAGAAAUAGAAUAUUUAGCUGACCUUUGACUUUGUGCAAAUGUUUGAUAUUCAAAUUGUACUUUUCCUACCUCAUGAACAGGAAGCGUUUUAUACGUUUCUCAUGUCUUUAAAUGUAUAAUAAAACAAUUAUUGGAUUCGGCUUUCGCAUGAUAUCAAGAAUUAUUCAGACCUCGGUCUAUGUUAUCCGCCUCAGCUUCGCUUCGGCAGAUAACAUUGACCUCGGUCUGAAUAAUCCUUGAUAUCAUGCUCAGCCUCAUCCAAUAAUUGCUUAUUAUCAUUUUUCUUCUCACCUUGAUACUAAGUGCUUUGUUGAUUUUGCUUGUACAGGCCCGUAGCUAUUAAAGCUUGACAAAAAUUCCUGAGUCCUACAUCGGACUUAACCUUAAUUUUUGCCUGCAUACACCUCAACUCUUCAACCCUUAAAACUGCCAGCUACGCAGGUUUUUAUGUGUUAGCAGGGGUGGGGGAAAUAGCGGACUAUGGGUCACAGGAACGUUUUGUGGUCAGCACAAAUAAAAUGGAAAAAUAUCAACAUGAAAAUCAAAACAACAUAAAUGAAACUGCAUUCAGCAGAUGAAAUGCAUCCACAGCAAGGUGGCUCAGCAGUGAUCUCGUACCAUUCCAACCUGAAGGCUUGGAUGUUACGUGUUUAAGCCCUGUGUUAGAUUCGGCAAUUUUCCCGAGCUCUAACAGUCUGUACAAGUAUAACAGUCUGUACAAGCAAAACCAAAAUUAGGUUAUUACUGUAGUACACAAGUUGUUUUGAUGAAAUUUGAACGUAAAGUUUUGAUCAAGUCCCGAGUUAUAGCAAUCCCAGUGUGGCUAAUUGCACGCCGCUUUACUUUUUCAGAGAUGUUUCCUUAGUUCUUAAUUACGACAUGGCAAAAUCUAUUGAAGGUAAAUCUUUGUUUUUGUUAAAUGAAAUUACGCCAGGUCAUACGUGAAACCAUUGUCAGUGUUAAUGCACAUUCAUCGUAGGCAAACUAGCCUUGGGAAACAUUGUAGCGGAAGCAUUUUAAAAUGUUGAUGUUUUUGAUAAGUUGGAAACAUUGUUGCCAAAAUAAAUAUUUUCCUUUGUAAAACCCGUGAAAUAUUUCUUUAGACUACACCCAUCGUAUCGGGCGUACAGGUCGUGCAGGAAAGAGUGGUACGGCAAUAAGUUUCCUUACUCAAGAGGAUUCUGGUGUUUUCUACGAUCUAAAACAACUUCUUAUCGAUAGUCCUGUAAGUAUUGAACGAAGUAUACAUUUAGGUUUUUUACACUUAAUUUUAACACUUAAUUUGUUUAUUGUGUAACUGGUCGGCCACCGAAUGACUUUUCCUCAGUUAGUCAGUUAAUUAGCUGAGAUGCAUUGGUGUUUUACAUCGGUUCUACCUGUUACCUUUAAUAUCAGAAUCAGAUUUCCGACUAACCGAAAUAACUGCAUGCGAAACCGAUUCAGAAUUUGAAAGAAAACCAAUGCUCUAUGUGUUGACUAGGAAGUGAAAAUAGGGCAAGUUUGAUGAACUGCCGAAACCUAUCAAUAUGUAUUGAAUAACUCACACUCAUUGAUAUCAAAAUUGAUCAUAAUACUUUAUCUACUGUAUAUCAAGUCCUGGGAGUGGUUGAAGUUAACGCGCGGGAAAUUGCACUUUCAAAAGAACUGAAGAGAGCUUCAAUUGGGGAAAAUUCAAUCCUUUCAAAAAUCCUUUUUUGACUGUUUUAACCCCCGAUUUAUUCCAGUUUAUUGACACCCGAAGGGGUAGUCCCAGCAAGUCUAGCAAAUUUAAUACACCCCCAUGAAACAACACUCACGUCUUCGUUGGCAGACAAAAAUUAUUUGUGUUACCCCUAGAGAUCUUUUUGAAAGACGGUCAUGCCUUUUCCGCCAUGUAACGAUCAUGAUAAUUCAUUGUUUAGGUGAGCACGUGUCCGAAAGAACUUGAAAAUCAUCCGGAUGCUCAACACAAACCAGGACAGGUUAUGAUGAAAAAGAGGAAAGAUGAAACAAUCUUCGUAUGAUUAUCACAUUUUUAUCUCCGUAAUGUAUUAUAAAUGUAGCUUGCUAAACAAAUUUUCACCAAUCACAAAAUACACGGACGAAAACUGGUCAUAUAACACAGUAGGUCGUGGAGAAAUUGAAAACUGUAGUGGAGCAAAACAGAGAAUGCAAACGUUGCUUGAGUUACCCGCUUUGCUUUGUAUAACUUUCCCAAAUAUAAAUUCAAGAUGGCGACCGAAAA